CUCGCUACUUACUCUCACAUCUUUUCCGCCUCCCUCUCCUUGCCCAACUCCUUCGAUUAGUUCCAACGAUCGGAGAAUGGCGCUGCUGGUGGAGAAGACGUCGACGGGACGCGAGUACAAGGUGAAGGACCUUUCUCAGGCCGACUUCGGCCGCCUCGAGAUCGAGCUGGCGGAGGUGGAGAUGCCGGGCCUCAUGGCGUGCCGCGCCGAGUUCGGGCCCGCCAAACCUUUCGCCGGCGCCCGCAUCUCCGGCUCCCUCCACAUGACCAUCCAGACCGCCGUCCUCAUCGAGACCCUCACCGCCCUCGGUGCUGAAGUCCGGUGGUGCUCCUGCAAUAUCUUCUCCACCCAGGACCACGCCGCUGCCGCCAUUGCCCGCGACUCCGCCGCCGUCUUCGCCUGGAAGGGAGAGACCCUCGCCGAGUACUGGUGGUGCACCGAGCGAUGCCUCGACUGGGGCCCCAACGGUGGCCCCGACCUCAUCGUCGACGACGGCGGUGACGCCACUCUCCUCAUCCACGAGGGCGUCAAGGCUGAAGAAGAGUACGAGAAGACCGGCAAGCUGCCCGAUCCGGCCUCCACGGACAACGCCGAGUUCCAGAUCGUGCUGGGGAUCAUCCGCGACGGGCUCAAGGUCGACCCCAAGAAGUACCGCAAGAUGAAGGAACGCCUCGUCGGCGUGUCGGAGGAGACCACCACCGGCGUCAAGCGACUCUACCAGAUGCAGGCCAGCGGCGCCCUGCUCUUCCCCGCCAUCAACGUCAACGACUCCGUUACCAAGAGCAAGUUUGACAACCUGUAUGGAUGCCGCCACUCUCUCCCCGAUGGCCUCAUGAGGGCCACUGAUGUUAUGAUUGCCGGAAAAGUUGCCGUGGUCUGCGGCUAUGGAGAUGUGGGCAAGGGCUGUGCUGCUGCCCUGAAGCAAGCUGGCGCUCGUGUUAUUGUUACCGAGAUCGACCCCAUCUGUGCUCUUCAGGCACUGAUGGAGGGCCUCCCUGUUCUCACUCUGGAGGAUGUCGUCUCCGAGGCAGAUAUCUUUGUGACGACAACCGGGAACAAGGACAUUAUUAUGGUUGAUCACAUGAAGAAGAUGAAGAACAAUGCCAUUGUUUGCAACAUUGGCCACUUCGACAAUGAGAUCGAUAUGCAUGGGCUGGAGACCUACCCGGGCGUCAAGCGCAUCACCAUCAAGCCCCAGACCGAUCGCUGGGUGUUCCCUGAGACCAAGACCGGCAUCAUCGUGCUUGCCGAGGGGCGGCUUAUGAAUCUUGGUUGUGCCACUGGGCAUCCCAGCUUCGUCAUGUCCUGCUCCUUCACCAACCAGGUGAUAGCACAACUGGAAUUAUGGAAGGAAAAGGCGACCGGCAAGUACGAGAAGAAAGUCUAUGUGCUGCCCAAGCAUCUGGAUGAGAAGGUGGCAGCGCUCCACCUCGGCAAGCUGGGUGCCAAGCUCACCAAGCUUACACCAUCGCAGGCUGAUUACAUUAGCGUCCCGAUCGAAGGACCCUACAAGCCUGCUCACUACAGGUAUUAGGGUUGCUUACGCAAAGAGACGAUGAUAAUAAAUCGGAGCACUGGCAUUUUCGACUAGAGUUUAAGCGAUGGCUAUGUUCGUUUUGCUUUUCACCUUUUGUCUUCCCAUCUUUGCUGGUUCACCUAUGGACGUUUCUUCCAUUUGGAAGUAAUGAGAAAUGCUGAUGGCAUUUUCGGAAUAA